AUGAGUAUUAGGCUGAAGGAUAACCCAUAUGUCCCAAAGCUAAACCUUGAUGGAAUACGUGCUACAGGCCCUAGAACCAAAGAAAUUGCUCCAAGCGGAAGAAAGACAAGGGAAAUGGAAGAAACAAAUUACUCUCUUCAAGAAAUGUUUGAUGAUUUUGUUGAGGGUCUUGAAUCAACAAGUAUGAAUCGAGCUCUCGAAACUGCAAGUAUGAAAUAUUUAAAGGCAAAUAAAACGGUUUUAUGGCUAUUGGAUAAAGAAAACGAACAAUUCUAUUCACCAACAUUCUUAAAAAUAUGUGCUUUCGAAAAUUCUAUCUUAGGAAAGUCAUAUGAAUCAAAAGAAAUUAUAAACAUUACAAAUCGCGAUAGUUUUACAUUACUCAUCCCAUUAGGAAGAAAUGAUAUGCGAUGUAUCUUGCAAGCAUCACGUUUGCCAUCUAUUCAACCCUUUUCGGAGUCUGAAAUUCGACAAGCAAAACAACUUCAAAAGAAGUUCAGACAUUAUGCAUCUUACCUCCUUAAUCACGAAACAUUCGAUGAAACAUAUGCAAAUAUAUGUUCGAUCCCUGAUAUUGAAACUUUAACGUAUAAUAUCAGUGAAAUCGCUCAUUUUGCUCGCUGUGAUUCAGUUGAUAUAUUUAUCAAAGUCUCCAACUUCUACAAGCGAUUGGCUACAAACGGAGCCUUUUUAAUCAUACAAAAAGCCGGAAUUUCAACUCAUGUUUUGGAUCAUCUCACUGAUCUCAUAUUAGAUGAUGUUACAACGCAUCCCAUGUAUGACCCUGAUAUCGAUGGAACCAAUCUCAACUCCGUAUUCGCUCAUCCACUGCUAAUGAAAGGAAGAAAUGGUUGUAUUGUCUUCAGAAGGCAGGACAAAUUCACGCACAAGGAUAUCAGAAGGAUUUUAGCAAUCUGCCCUAUAAUAGGAACAUGCGUUGAGAGGAAUUACGGACAUUUGUCCAUUUCUGCGAUGAAUAAUCGUUUAUCUGCACUUUUGGACAUUGCAGAAUCCAUUGGUCCUAUGACAGAUUUGAGAACACUGAUCACAAUGAUCAUGGAACGCGCCUGUUCUUUGAUUGGAACUGAGAGAUGCUCAUUAUUUAUGGUUGAUCGCGUCAAGAACGAAAUAUAUUCAACAUUUAACCAAGGCCUUGACAGUGAAAUCAGAAUCCCUAUGUCCAGAGGCAUCGUUGGCUAUACAGCUCGAACUGGACAAAUUGUAAACAUCACAAAUGCUUACAAUGACCCAAGAUUUGAUAAUUCCGUUGAUAUUGAGACAGGAUUUCGGACAAGAAACAUCCUCGGCGUUCCUAUUUAUAACUCAAACGGUGAAGUUACAGGAGUUACUCAGAUGAUCAACAAAAAAGAUGGAAAUUUCAUAGAAGACGAUAUCAAAAUCAUGAAGUGUUUCAAUGUUUUCUGUGGUAUUUCACUUGAUAACGUUAAACUUUUCAAUGUUUCGACGAAUCUUGCAAAUCAUCUCAAAAAAUUUGUCGAAGCUGCAGAUACUUUCACGAAAUCUGAGAACAAAAACGCUUUAGUAGAACUCCUAGAAAGCGCUGCUGACAUUUGCCAAGCUUCUCGUGCAACAAUGCUCUCAUAUGAUGUUGAUACAAAAGAAUUUCAAGUUCUUGCUAACUACGGACAUAAUUUUGACGGCAGUUAUGAACGAGCGCAAGAAGUUGUCGAGUAUGCAACACCACAAGUCUUCGGAGAACGUCAACCAGGAAAAAUUAAAUUACAUAUCUCCGGAUACUUCGAUAACAACACGAGUAAUGGUCCAGAUGAGACACUUCUUAAUGCUGCUUCAAGGUUAUCACAAGCAUUUGAAGCAGAAGCCAUAAAAUCACCACCUCCUGAAAUUGUUGAAGAACACAAUGAGAAACCACAGAUAUUUGGAUUCCCAUUAACAUCACAGGAUAGAGUUGUUAUCGGUAUUGUUGAAUUCGAAACAAAAUUACCUUUAACGACCGAGCACAUUAAACUUCUUGAAAGUUAUUGCACUUUUGCAUCAAUGGCCAUAGAAAGAGAUCAGCUGCAAAAGAUCGCAAAGUCAUCGCAGUUGUUGAUUCAUGAACAUCAGUUCAUGAAGAAUGAGGAGAAAGAUAAAUUCACAACACCUGCAAAUCUAGUAUUAGAUGAAGAAAGUGAAAAACAAGUUUUUACUUUAGGCUUUGACGCUCAGAAAUUUGACGGUUUUAGUCAUUAUAGAGUCAUGUGGGCUAUUUUCACUCGUUUCGACUUGUUAAGAGAGUUCAAUGUGACCAACGAGAAGUUCUUUUCAUUCCUCACAGAAGUCUCUGAGUCAUACAACAAAGUUCCUUAUCAUAACCGGAGACAUGCUGUUGAUGUAACUCAAUUUGUGGCUUAUGAAAUAAUUAUCGGCAAAAUUGACAAAAUUUUGACAAAAGAAGAAUUGUUUUGUUUGUUGAUCGCUUGUAUAUGCCAUGACAUCAAUCACGAUGGCUUCACGAAUGUUUAUAACGUGAAAGCAGAGACUCCUCUUGGUAUUUUGUUCAAGAACCAAUCAGUUAUGGAGACACAUCAUUGUGAAGUUACAAUUGGAAUAAUGACAAACGAAAUGUCAAAUGUUUUCGCUUGUUUCGAAGGCCAGCAGUACUCCAAGAUGUGGCAGAUGCUAUUUACAUUGAUAUUAGGUACUGAUAUGUUCCAUCACUACACAAUAAUCAAGCAGUUUAAUGAACUCUUGGAUAAAGGACCAUUGGAUUAUUCGGAUGACCAAAACCGUCUCAAAUUGAUGCAAAUUCUAUUGAAAUGCGGUGAUAUUUCCAAUGUUUCAAGGCCAUUUAAGAUUGCUGAUAAAUGGUGUGAUGUUCUUUGUGAAGAGUUCUUCAGACAAGGUGAUUUAGAACAAGCACAAGGCAUGGAAUAUACUUCUAAUCUUAAUGACAGAGCUCAUCUUGAUAAACCAAAGUCGCAAAUUGGUUUUUACAAAUUUGUUUGCUUACCGUUGUUUGAAGUUGCUGAAAGAGCAAUCCCAGAGCUCGGUGUGAAUAAGCAGAGCAUCCUUAUUAACUUAAAGGAAUGGGAAAGACAGCUCGAUUUAUAG